AUUUGAGUGUUACCACAACCCGUCUUGUGUGAACUUCCUGUUUCUUUCCGUGCCAAGCACGGUUUUCAACUGUAGUGUAGUGCAGUGCAAACAAACUACAGUACUAAUGUCUCGAUUUGGUGCAAAUAUGAAUUUAGAACAACCGUCUAAAAAUAUUGCGGAGCAAAAUAAGUUGACAAGCCCAAUUUCUACGCCAGAAGGGAACGACCCCAAGAGAGGACCGCUGAAAAGAACUCCAUUUUCAAAGUUCAGGAAAGUGAACUCUAACUUCAAAUCACCAGGUCAAGUGACCAAGACUUGUCAAGUGAGUCCUGACGAAGAGGUGGAGGAACUGGAGAGGAAGCGAAUGCAGCUGGAUGCUGAGAUUGCACAGCUGGAGUUGGAAGGAUACAAAGAGGACGAGCUGGACUAUCACAUUGAUAUGCUGCAUGAGUACAAUGACAUCAAGGACAUUGGACAGUCUCUCCUGGGCAGAAUAGCUGUUCUACGCGGGACCACCACACGCGACCUCUACAGCCACUUCGGUCUGGAACUGGAUGAUUGACAGUAAAAAGAACAGCUUUGAAGAUGUUUGUAAUGUGGAGCUUUAAUUUAUAUGGACAUUUGUCUAAACAAGAGUACAGUAGAUGCAAACACAAUUACUUUUCUGGUGUUUAUUUUUGAUAAAAAUGUUAAAUGUG